GUUUACGGUCGUCAUAUCCAGUUACAGUUGUUUGUUUAAAUAAAACCUUAUCUAAGACCUUAUCUGGUAAUCCAUUGAUUAACGUGAAGAAGACAAAGUCCAAAGUUUUCGAAGACAAAACAAACGUCCAGUAAUGAAGCCGCCAGCUGACGAUCCUUUGCAGUACUGCCGGUUUUGUUUUUCGCAAUACCGAGUGGAACCUCUGCUUUCCGGAGGUCCAAAAGACCAACAACUGGUAAAACAAAUCCGUUCUCUCGUCCAGAUCGAGCUGGACCCGAAUCAGGCAGCGACCACUGCCAUUUGCUCAAGGUGUCGCCAUCAGUUGACGGAGUUCCAGCUUUUCCGCGAUCGGUGCAGCCACCACGAUUCUAUCGUACGGGAAAAGGUUGAGGGGAACCAGUCCAGUCAAAACGAUAUGUGGUACGCCGUGGAACCUUUGGGCGAUGGCGAAGAUUCUAACGAUGACGAGGCUUCCCUGUCGAAAGAUGACCCACUGCAGGGCGUUUCUGAUGUUGUUUCGAAAAACAAGACAAGAGAAAGCUUUUGGCGAGCCAUCUCGCAAGACGUUGGCGUUAUUCCAGAUCACAUCAAACGCACCCUCGAACUGACCGGAUUCUAUCGGAAUGCGUCUCUUGGAAUGAUCUCGGCUAUGACGAUCAAACAGAUCGAACAGGACAUGCGCGAUACGGUUGAGCAUGUGAUCUCCAGUAAGUGCCCAAAGGGAGAGAAUAUCGUGGAGGUUCUUCGACAGUAUUACGGCGCAGUUUAUUGCAAAAAUCCGUCGAAAUUCAAAUUCCUGGUUGGUGAAGUGCAAACAAUUCUUUCGAUUACGGCUGCCGUUCAGGAAAAUGGAAUAAACGAGUACCUCAGCAAAGCGUGUGUUCCACAGAGGGGUAAACACCGAGAUGAACUUUUGAUUGCGGCGGAUAAACCGGAUGACGCUGAAAUGCUUGCGGAGAAACUGAUCGAAAAGCUUCACGAUUAUUACAAGCAACACUCGACCGAAAGCGAAGAGUUCAGAGCAUUUUUCGCUCGUCUUCCGGUCGUGGAAAAGUGCAUCGUGCGCCUACGGGAGGACGGAACUAUUUUUGGCCUUUUGUACUGCUCGUAUUGCAACAUCAACCUGCAAGCUGUUGUGGAAGGUAACACGUGGAAAAUUUCCAACUUUGUAAAACACUGCCAACAGCAUUACCGGGUGGAGUUCAACAAGGCGGCUAAGAGAAAACGACCUCUAGGUGACGGAGAUAAUGCGACGGAUUAG